GUUUUCCUUGACGCACACGGGCGAGUACGCCUGGGAGGCAAGCAAAUUGAGAGAGAACCAUGCCCAAAAUCUGGCCCGGGCCAAGGCCUUCCUGGACGAAGGCCGGAGCGUGGUCGUCGACAACACGAACAUCGAAGCUUGGGAGCCUCGGGAAUACGUGCGGCACGCCAUCCAUCUAGGGGUUAAAGUGGAAUUCGUG